AUGCAAAUUGAACCCGUAAAAACCGAUGUCGCCAUGACGGCGUUCAAUAAAACUGUAGGUUUGCCAAUAGCACAGUCAAAAAUCAAAGUUGAAGUUGACGGUAUUCAAUUUGAUACAAUGAUUUACAUCUUACCAGAUAAUCAACUUACAAGAGAAAUAUUAUUAGGGAGUGAAAUGCUUGCUUUGCCAGGUGUAAAAGCAAUAUCAGAUGCGUCAGGGGUAAAAUUUGAAAUUGAGCCUGAAAUCUAUAGGAAAGAAUUUGAAGUUAAUCUUAUUAAGCGAGAAAUGAGACCUAUCAACAAAGAUGACAUAUAUUGUGAUGGGCAUUCACAAGAGGAACAAAAUCGAGUAUUGACUUUAUUAAAUUCAUAUAGACAAAAUGUUGCUCUCAACAUACAUGAGUUAGGUUGCGCUGAUGUACCUGGAAUGAAAAUUGAGCUUGUCAGUGAUAUCCCAGUUGUUUAUUCACCACAUCGGAUGUCUAGGUUUGGUCGAGAAAAUGCAAAACAAAUAGUUUCAGAUUUAGAAGCUUGUGGAAUUAUUAGGGAGAGCUCGUCGGCUUAUGCAAGCCCUAGACUUUUAGUGAAAAAAAACCGGAGACUACAGAAUGUGUGUCGAUUAUAG